GUCGAGUUGUUUGCCUUCGCGCAAGUGCGCCUUUCUACGUUCAGUUGGUGCAAACUACGCAAUUGAGUUAAAUAGUUUAAAACCGGAAGAGCUACAAUAUGAGUAAUACAAGAGGGAAAGCAACAGCCUUGCUUUUGGUGGCUCAAGCAAUACUCCUCGUGUUAUUUGGUCUCUUCGUCGAUUACGAUGUGGCUGCUGGACCUCGGAACAACAGUUUAACUACACAUACCACUCUUGCUCAUUAUUACCCAAUAUACCAAGAUGUUCAUGUUAUGAUGUUGAUCGGUUUUGGUUUCUUGAUGACGUUUUUGAAACGUCACGGCUUCGGUUCGGUGGGGUUCAACUUUCUGUUGACUUGUUACGUCAUAGAGUGGUCGACAUUGGUCAACGGUUGGUUUGGUAUGAUUGGUUCAAACGAAGGACGAAUAUUGAUCGAUAUUAAAAGUUUGUUAGAAGCUGAUUUUGCCGUGGCUGCUGUCCUUAUUUCAUUCGGAGCCAUUCUUGGCGUGGCAAGUCCGGUACAACUUAUAGUGAUGGCGACCAUUGAAGUUGUAUGUUAUAAUGUCAGCAUAUAUGUCGGGAUUGUGAAACUGCAGGUCACAGAUGUGGGCGGGUCGAUGUUCAUACACGCCUUCGGUGCUUAUUUUGGGUUGGCAGUUGCACGCGUGCUUUACAAAAAAUCACAGACCCUAAGUAAAAACGAAGGUUCUGAAUAUCAUUCGGACAUCUUCGCUAUGAUCGGAACCUUAUUUUUAUGGUUAUAUUGGCCAAGUUUUAAUGCUGGACCCGCGUCGGGUACGGAGCGACAUCGUGCGGUUAUAAAUACCGUACUUAGUCUUUCUGCUUGUACGGUCGUCACCUUUGCUUUAUCUGCCGUUACUGACAAGAAAAAUAAAUUGGAUAUGGUGCACAUACAAAACGCAACAUUGGCUGGGGGCGUAGCAAUUGGAGCAAGCGCGGAUCUAAUUGUUCAACCAUUUGGUGCUCUCCUUGUAGGUUCAACUGCUGCUACGGUGUCUACGCUUGGAUUUAGAUACUUACAACCGGUAUUGCAACGUAACAUCAAACUACACGAUACAUGCGGUGUACACAAUUUGCACGGAAUGCCGGGAAUUCUGGGUGCGGUGAUUAGUGCUAUUGUUGCUACUAUAGCAACUAAAGAUGCUUACCAAGACAGCUACCAUGAGCUAUUCAAGGAUGCUUCUCGAACUUCUAGUCAAAACGGUGGAUACCAAAUCGCUGCGUUGGUAUGUGUUCUCUGCAUAGCUUUACUCAGUGGAACACUGACCGGAUUUUUGUUGAAGCUGCCUGUAUGGGAUAAUUUAAGUGCUGAAGAACUUUUCGAGGAUGAGGUGUUUUGGGAUUGCCCUGAGGAAAUCGAAGAGAAAAAGAGUGAAACGGAGAAAACAAUAAAUAAGUCUGAUCACGAAAACGAAGACUUGUUGGUACCUUCUGCUUGAAACUACUUCCUUCUUGUAAAUUAAUAACAAAUGUGAAUCGUAACAGGUGUUAAACACUAAUAAAACAACAAAACCACUC